UACGAAACGCUGCAUACAAGGUAGUGACAGCUGCCAAGAACUGCCAGUACCGUAACCUCUUCCACAUUCAACACCAAUCAUCAAAUCAACUUGCCUAGUAGCCAACAGCUCUCUUCUUUAAUUAGGUACCUAAUAUACAACUACAAAAAGCCAUUGUCAACACAAUCCCUCACAAUGCGCGACGACCGCACACACCCCCUCCUAGCCCAAGUGCCCCUAACCGUCUCCCCCUUCGUCUCCCUCCCUACCGCCGCCACCCUGCCCUACACCUACAAAACCAUGCCCUCGACCCUCCCGCCGCCGAUCUCCGGCGUAACCGGCGCCAACAACAGCGCGCAGAAACCGCGGUACGUCGUCGCGCCCUCAGGGCACGCCGCGCACCCCACCGACAUCGUCGCCUCGUGCGAGGCCCUGCGCGCACACAUCGCGACCACGCAGACGGAAUCCGAGCGCGUGCUCCGCGAGCUGGAAGAGCGGAUCCGCGCGAGGGAACUUGCGGAGAAGAGGAGGGUCGCGCCGGGGUGGUUGGAUAGUGAGGCGAGACUGUUGCAGCCGGAGCGGAGUCCGGGGUUGGGGGGAGAUGGACGUGGGGAGAUGGGAGAAGGGGAGGCGGAGGUUGCGGGGUUGGUUGCUGAGAUGAGUAUGAAUGACGGGGCGGGCGCGGGGAUUAGUGAGAUGGCGGCGCAGGGGGAGGAGUUGGAUCGUGCGUUUGAUCGGUUUAGGUGAGGGAGAGGGAGAGGGUAGAUUGGUAUGAUAUGAGGGUUUUACAGGCAUUUGUUUGUGUUAGAAUUGGGUUUAUGGUUGGGGCGUUUGGGAGGGCGGUUGGGGAUUCAUGGUGUUAUUAAGGGAUAGGUUGAAUCGAGGCUUCUUUCGUAGAUACCUCUGUCCUGUAGAAUAAUUGUGUAUGCUUUGGAAGGUGUGGCAUGAAUGGAUAUAUAAAAUGUCAUGAUGUGAUGCAUUUAGAGAAAUGCAUAAUAGCGAUUCAUAGAUCUUGGACUAGGCCUGGAAUAUGUUUUUUCUUCUCCUUA